UGCCAAGUUUUACAUUUGAAACAACUUUGUAAAGGAAAAGAAGAGCCUGAAACAAAAGAAAUACUGCAACUUCUUAAAUAUACCAUUUCUAGAAAGAGCUAUUUUAACACAAGAUAUCUCUUUUAGAUAACUGGGUAUGACGAAAAAUGCUCUUCUCUAACACAGCCUUUUGAUGGACAAGAGUUUCUAAGUGUCAUUCCCCCAACAAUCUAUAAGAUGACCACUCCUCACAAUCAAGCUCAACCUGGCCCUUCCAACAAUUCACAUCCAGAAGAAUACAAGAUCGCAGCCCUUGUCUUCUACAGCUGUAUCUUCAUAAUUGGAUCAUUUGUUAAUGCCACUGCCUUAUGGGUUUUUAGUUGUACUACCAAGAAGAGAACCACUGUAACCAUCUAUAUGAUGAAUGUGGCACUAUUGGACUUAAUAUUUAUAAUGAGCUUACCCUUUCGGAUGUUUUAUUAUGCAAAAGGUGAAUGGCCAUUUGGAGAGUACUUCUGCCAGAUUCUUGGGGCUCUCACAGUGUUUUAUCCAAGUAUUGCUCUAUGGCUUCUUGCUUUUAUUAGUGCCGACAGAUACAUGGCCAUUGUGCAGCCAAAAUAUGCCAAAGAACUUAAAAACACAGGCAAAGCCAUGCUAGCAUGUGUGGGAGUCUGGAUAAUGACCCUGACAACCACCAUCCCGCUCCUACUGCUCUAUGAAGACCCAGAUAAAGCCUCCACACCCCCCACCUGCCUGAAGAUUUCUGACAUCACCCACUUAAAAGCUAUUAACAUGCUGAACUUCACUCGACUGAUAUUUUUUUUCUUGAUUCCCCUGUUCAUCAUGAUUGGGUGCUACUUAAUCAUCAUUCAUAGUCUCCUUCACGGGAAGACAUCUAAGCUGAAACCAAAAGUCAAGGAGAAGUCUAUAAGGAUCAUCAUCACACUCAUGGUACAGGUGCUCAUCUGCUUUAUGCCUUUCCAUAUCUGUUUUGCUUUCCUGAUGCUGGAAGGGGAUGAGAACAGUUACAAUCCCUGGGGAGCCUUUACCACCUUCCUCAUGAACCUCAGCACCUGUCUGGAUGUGAUUCUCUACUACAUCGUUUCAAAACAAUUUCAGGCUCGAGUCAUUAGUGUCAUGCUCUACAGAAAUUACCUUCGGAGUGUGCGCAGAAAAAGCUUCCGAUCAGGUAGUUUACGGUCACUAAGCAAUGUAAACAGUGAAAUGCUUUGAAUGAUAAGCAGGUUUCUGUUUUUAAUCUCUUUAUA